UCACCGACACAUCCGUCCUCCAUCACCUUAUUAACUCCUUACCAAAAUAUCUCAUAAAUUCAUGAUAUUCUGAAUCCAACACAUGUGACUGCAACUUAAUUAAAAGUAUCAUUAGUAGUAUUAUUUUCCACACGCAUUCUCACUCGCCUGCAAGUGCAACAGCCUAGUUGCUUUACUGGUAUGUUCUUUCGUAGCAGUUUAUUUGGUUUACAGUAGUUUAUCGUAAUCUUGCUUUGUUAUAUAUGGAACCCUUAGUGGCUAGUUGCUGUUUUUUUGGGAUGGUUGGAGUUCUUUGAAGCAAUCCUUCUUGAGGGGAAACUCCGGCAAAUCAAAUGUUCUAGGUUAAGGUGGAAGUAUUAAGUUGAUAAUGUUGAAGCAAUCAUCUAGUAGAAACCAAAGAGUGAAAGGGUCCAAAUUGAAGCUAGCUCUUCAGAUAUGUUUACUGCUUGCCAUAUGCAUUUGGUUGCUUUAUCAAGCCAAGCAAUUCAAUACCAGGAAGGUAGCUUUGGUGGAGAGCGCCGAAGUUGCAGCUGAAGAAGGGAAAAUAGGGUAUCCAUUAUUGAAGAUGGGGAGGAAGAAUCUUAAUCCUAGACUAGACGAACUAGCUGCAGAGUUUCGGAGAAAUCAGGAUGAUGAGCUCGAAUUUGAGGAUGAAGAAAACAAGCUCCAGGGGAAUGAGGAAGAUGAGAUUGCAGGUGGAAACGGUGACAUGGGUGUUACCAGCCAGGAGAAGAUUGAAGAAGGAGAGCAUGAGCAAUUAGAGGAUUUGAUUGAUGAAGAUGACAAGGAGGAAUAGGCUAGUCUUGGAAGUGACUAAAAGGUUGCAUGUAAACGGAAUUAUAGUAUACCUAUAUAUCUUGGAAUGAAGUGAUUAUGCUUGAAAGCUUGAUUAGAGAAUAAAGCAGAAACAUCAAAUGGUUCCAAAUGCAGGUAUCUUUUGAGGUUCAACAUCAAAAAAAGAAACAGUAGCUUUAGUAGAGGAAGAAGUUAGGUACGAAAAAAAUUUGGAAGAAUCAAUAAUUAGCUGGAAAAAUAUUGCAACAACAAGAUCCGGGCUCUGAUAUAAAGUUUGGAAUAAAGAGCUAUGUGAAAGUUGCACUUGCUGACAAACAACAUGCCAAUGGAAGGAAUCCAGAAUCCAUUUAUCCUUACAGCUGUUCAUCAGUUAAUAUAUCAGCAGAAACAGGAGGGAUACAUCAUAAAACACAAGUGGGAAUGGGAAAAGAUCUGACUGCACCAGAAGAUACGCUGUCCUCUCUUUCAACUUGCAAUUGCCAACCAGUCCACCGUGUUAUAAUACCAUCUCUUUUAGAACUUUCCACGAGAAGAUAUCAUAAUACUCCAGACUCCAGAGCCCUGCACCUAAAUGGAGGUAAGAUUCAGCGUAGAUACUUCUUGAACCCUCUUGUGGCUUUGAGCUGUGGUGUUUGGGAAUCUUACAGUUGGAUCACUACUGAAUAUUUAGGAUUACCUUCUUGUUAUUAAAAGUGCAUUGGUGUUGUAUAAUGUAGAGAAGGCGGCUUGAGAUAGUAAAUAUUAGAAUUGAGGUUCUCAGAGAAGAAUAAAGUAGCAGAGCUCAACUUCAUAUUCCAAGUUACCAACAUAAAGCGUCCUUGUGUCCUUGAAACGACAUGAAAUUGUCUUCUUUAGACUUCAAA